AUGGGACCAGUUUCUCUUCUUCCCAAAUAUCAGCAUUUAAACACUUGGAAAGGAGAUUUGGCCAAGAUGACCCAUUUACAGGCUGGACUCAGUCCAGAGACUAUAGAGAAAGCUCGCCUGGAACUGAAUGAAAACCCAGAUAUUUUACAUCAGGAUAUUCAGCAGGUCAGGGACAUGAUCAUCACCAGGCCUGACAUUGGAUUUUUACGCACAGAUGAUGCCUUCAUCCUGAGAUUUCUCCGAGCCAGGAAGUUUCACCAAGCAGAUGCCUUUAGACUCCUGGCCCAGUACUUUCAGUACCGCCAGCUAAACCUGGACAUGUUCAAAAACUUCAAGGCUGAUGACCCUGGCAUUAAGAGGGCGCUCAUCGACGGGUUCCCUGGAGUGCUGGAAAACCGCGACCACUACGGCAGGAAGAUUCUCCUGCUGUUUGCAGCCAAUUGGGACCAGAGUAGGAACUCCUUCACAGACAUCCUGCGGGCCAUCCUGCUGUCCCUGGAAGUCCUCAUUGAAGAUCCGGAGCUUCAGAUCAACGGGUUCCUUUUAAUCAUAGACUGGAGCAAUUUUUCCUUCAAACAAGCCUCCAAGCUGACACCUUCCAUUCUCAGACUGGCCAUCGAAGGGCUGCAGGACAGCUUUCCCGCCCGCUUUGGAGGAGUCCAUUUCGUCAACCAGCCCUGGUACAUUCAUGCCCUGUACACGCUCAUCAAGCCAUUCCUUAAAGACAAGACCAGGAAGCGGAUUUUCCUGCACGGGAACAAUUUAAACAGCCUUCACCAGCUCAUACACCCGGAGUUUUUGCCCUCUGAAUUCGGAGGAACCCUUCCUCCUUACGACAUGGGAACUUGGGCCCGGACAUUACUCGGUCCCGACUACAGUGAUGAAAAUGACUAUACGCACACGUCCUACAAUGCGAUGCACGUGAAACACACGUCCUCCAGCCUGGAGAGGGAGUGCUCACCCAAGCCGAUGAAGAGAUCUCAGUCUGUGGUAGAAGCUGGGACCCUGAAACAUGAGGAGAAGGGAGAGAAUGAGAACACUCAGCCACUCCUGGCUCUGGACUGAACCCCGAGUCACUCCAGGUUCCCGCAUAUCGCCAGCCGCCGGUGGUAUCAGCCACCUAGGAAGCACAUGCGCAAAUGACCCCAGACAGGUACGGCU